CGUGGAUUUCCUUAACAACUAUUACUUCUCUCUGUUUCUCUCUUUUUCUCUCUUUUUCCUCUUCCUCUUCUUCUUCUUCUUCUUCUUCUUCUUCCAUUUUCAUCUCUAAAUCUCAUUUUAGGUUUCGAUAAACUUAUCCUUAAAAUGAAGGAAUCGGAAGGAAAUCCUCUGCAUCUAAAGUCGAUCAACCACAUAUCGCUUCUCUGUAAAUCAGUGGAAGAAUCCAUUUAUUUUUACCAGAAUAUUUUAGGGUUUUUCCCCAUUCGUAGACCUGGAUCCUUCAAAUUCGAUGGCGCUUGGCUUUUUGGUUACGGCAUUGGAAUUCAUCUCUUGCAAUCGGAAAAACCUGAGAAUUUGCCAAAAAAAGGCAAGAUUAAUCCCAAGGAUAAUCACAUAUCAUUUCAGUGUGAGAGCAUGGGAGCGGUGGAGAAGAAGCUAAAGGAAAUGGAGAUUGAAUACGUGCGGGCAGUAGUGGAGGAAGGAGGAAUACAAGUGGAUCAGUUAUUCUUCCACGACCCAGAUGGAUUCAUGAUCGAAAUAUGCAACUGUGAUAAUCUACCGGUGAUUCCAUUAGGAGGGGAGGUGUCAAGAUCCUGUUCGCAGUUGAAUCUUCAGAUAAUGCAGCAGCAACAGCAGAUACACCAACUCGUUUAGCACUAUCAUCAUAGCAUAACUUGCUGUUCUGUAUAAUGAUAGUGACCAAGAAUCCAUUAAAAAAAUAUCAAUCUCUUAUUAUUACUAUUGUUAUUGUUACUAUUGUUCGAAGAAGCUGUUUCAAAUUGAAAGAUGUACCUUUGCUUUGUGUUCUUUUGUUUAGAAGAUAAAGUGGAGAUGUCACCAUUUUGGGACUUUAUUAUAUUAUAUGUAUUAAGUGUUUAUUAUUGUUGUUGUGCGUUCGUACAAUCAAUGCCUACUACUUCAAUUUCUACCUA